CAUCCACGCAAAUGAAUGUCGAUGGGCGUAUGCGACCGCGUUAUCAGAAGCUUCUUAUCGAUAUGUGUGAAGAGGCAAACGGCACACCUAGUUCCGCUCUCACUAUCCAUGUUAAGAACAGAUUCGACAUCAGUUUGUAUCAAACUGUCGUUGGAUAUUGCCUUCCGAUCGGCGAUGAGGAAUAUCGUUUGGGUGAUUCUGCUUGUUGCGGUUGCACGUGCGCAACCGAGAUACAAAUUCUGCGCACCUGCCGAAACGAUAAACGAUGGUUCAUGCUAUUCCUUGCAACGAGGGGACAGUGAAGUAUCGUGUUUGCGCGUAGCAGAUAGCGCGGAAUGCGCUAUCCGCUUAGCCACGGGAGAGGCCGACUUCGGUGUCUUCAAUGCGGAAGAGUUGUUGCUGACGUAUCAAUUUUAUCCGACCAAUAUUCUACCCAUUCUUCAGCUGAGACAUAAAGAUAAGCUACAUGAGGAAUUCGAAUUCCAAACGGUGGCAGUGGUCUCGGCAGAUUUGAGCCAAAUCGAUUUACCUCCUGGCGAACGCCUCAAGCGUUUAAAGAACGCUGGCCUUUGCCAUCCUGGUUUCAGUAAAGUUCAAUGGUGGAACGAUUAUAUUCUCAAGCAUUUUGAAAAAACAGUACUUGAGAAAACAGUAAAUUCAUCAAGGUGCCAAGAAAAUGUAACCGUCAUCGAAAACGAAGUCAGAAAUCUUAGGGAUUUCUUUGGAAAGGCUUGUAGACCUGGUGAUUGGUCACCUGAUAGCUCUUUUGAUCAGGAAUUAAAGUGGAAAUAUCCAGAAUUGUGCGAACUUUGCGACGGCGCGGAUUGCUAUUAUAGCAAUAAUCAAAAACAUGGACAUUACGGAGCUUUGGAUUGUUUAAUAGAAGGUAGAGGAAACGUGGCAUAUGUAGCGCUUAGCUACGUUCAAGAAUAUCUUAAGAGAAACGCUUCGUACCAAUUUUUGUGUCCAAAUGGCAAUGUUCUCCCUUUAUCCAGCGAAACACCUUGUACGUGGCUCAAACAACCAUGGAGCGUCAUCAUAUCUAGAAAGGAAAUUGCAGAAACUCUUAAGCUUGAAUUGUUGGAAUGGUUGAAAAUAAAUCCACAGACAGAUUCUUGGAAGAUUGCUCUGAAUAAGAUUAUACAGGAAGAUAGCCGGGCUAUCGAUAUGUCGGAAAAGUCUAUAGCCAUAUAUCUCAGACAAGGGAGAGAAAUCGAUCUCGAAAAUAGCGAUAGUUGCGACAGAACCAUUCGUUGGUGUACGAUCAGUGAUCUGGAGACCAACAAGUGCGUGUGGGUGUCGAAAGCAGCGACAGCCCUCGGUGUCUCACCGAGAAUUUCUUGCGUCAAGGCAAAUUCUACAUUCCAAUGUUUCCAUGAGAUAGCUAACGAUCGAGCGGACAUAAUUGCCAUCGAUUCCAACUAUGGAAUGGUGGCGCGAAUACUUUACGGACUAUCGACGGUUCUCUACAGCGAAACUGAUAUAGAUAAAAACAGCGAGAUAAUUGCAGUAGUGCGCGAACCUAAGGACGCCGAUUAUCCUGUGAAGAGCUUCAACGAUUUAAAGAAUCGAAAAGCGUGUUUCCCCGAGUACGGCGGAACCGGCUGGUUGAGUUUCGUCAAUCUCGCGAGAACGAGCGGCCUCAUUUCAUCUAAAGCUUGCGAUUAUCCAACGUUGGUGUCCAAAUUUUUGUCCGGCGCCUGUACCCCCGGAAUAGAUGACGCCGAUCAUUCACGCAGCUCGAUCUCCACAGACAUCUCGUCCAAACUCUGCUCGGCUUGUCAAAAUAAUCUUUGCGCGGUGAACUCGACUAAUCGCUAUUACGGCGACAAAGGAGCCUUAAGGUGCCUCAGUGAAGGAGCCGGCGAUGUGGCGUUCGUCGAGGCGGCAAAUAUUAUCGAUGGCACCAUCGAUCCGAAUAUGUAUCGUAUUUUAUGCAAAAAUGGAAGUUUGGCCCAAAGUCCAGGACUCGUCUUUGAUGAAUUUUGCGCAUUAUCGGUGACAAUUGAUAGUGAGGUUGUUAGUCGCAGAAACAACUCGGAGAUCUUUACGAACGAUAUUAUCCAAGCCUUGCUAAGAAUAGAAGAUUGGCUAGGAUAUCGCGUAAAUGCUAGAAGACCAAUUCAUAUUUAUGGUCCAUUCAAUGGCACGAUAGAUCUUCUCUUCAAAGACUCCACGUCCGGUUUGGUUCCCACAUCAUCAACGAAGAAGACGGUGCUUACCUAUAAAGAACUUUUCAAUCACGUAGAGACGUGCUCGGGUUGUUCUUUUCAAGUCAUCGCUAAUUUUAUCUUUGUAGCUCUAGUCGCGCUUUAUCACAUUCUUUCCAGUCACGUACACUAAUUGUAUUGUUAAUAUUUACGAUGUUUACAUAAUAUGCAGUUGCCAUGUACUUUUAAUUAAGUAAUUAUGAAACAUUGACCAACCUUUAUACUAUUCCUACAAAGAAAUGAAAGUGUCCACCAUAUAUUUUCCCCUAUUUUGCAAAAUAGAAUAAAAGAAAAUAUUAUUACUUUUCUAA